AUCAAUUAGCACCAAUAAAUACCAAACGGAUUGAGUUGAGCGCAUUUUGCGACGGAGUCAUUCAAUGUUUUAAAUUAAUUUAUUAAUAAAACUAAAUGGAAAACGCGUCGACUAUAAACAAAAGACGCUCACUUACGCUCACCAGUAGAUUACUUCAGAAACGACACAGCGCCUCACCACAAAGUCGCGUUCGCGCCAGCGCAUCGCAGGAAGCUCCAAAUGAUGGAGACUCGCCUAGAUCUUCAACAGUGAGACUUGCCGACAAUGUUGAGAGCACGCCGCCCAACAAAAAGAAUCACACGUUGGACGACAGCCUGGAUUUCUCGCCGCGCAACAGCCUCUCGCCCAGCUGCCUGUUCUCCCAGACGUUGGUCACCGGCAGCCCGGAAGUCAGCUGGCGCUGGAACUGCGAUAACAAUGGGCGUGGCGAUAAGGUCAACACUACCUCGGACAGCGGCUUUGAUUCGGAAGAGUUUGGGCCGAAUGCGUGCAAGCAGAAGGAUCGACGCAAACAGGUGCGAGACGCAGCCAAUGAGCACAGGCGGAAACAGUUCGAAAGCAGACAAUGGCGGGCGCAGCAGAUACGUGAUCACGAGCUGCUUAAAGAGCGUUGCGACAAGCUGCACAGGCAGCUGUUGGAUCAACAGACUGCGGCACCGGAAGCGACAGCUGAUGCCCCGGCAAGCGAAAUAGCUGCAGCUGCAGCGGAUCCCGCCUUGGCAGAUUUUCUAAACGAUUCCGAUACGGAUUGCUUUUUGGUUGAGGCCUCACAGCAGCUGGAGUCAAAGCUGGCGCCAAAGCAGACGCCAAGGCAGGCGCCUGCUGCCACCACGCCCACCAGUCAUCACAAGAGCCACAAGGAGAAACAGUCCUCGUUCUAUAUGAAGUUUCUGGAGGAUGAGAGCGAAACUGAGGAUUGGUUUCUCGCCCUCGACGAGGCCAUGCUGGAGGCUUCAAAUCCCAAGAAGCCGCGCCUCGCCCUGCAGCGUUACAAAUCGAUGCCGAGCAAAACAGCCGCCGAUGCCAGCGUCAGCGCUAGCGUCAGUUGCAGUGCGUCCACAGAUAAGCACUGCAUCGCCUCCUCCUCCUCCUCCUCGUCCGCUGCCAAUGCGGGCAUGACAAUGUCCGAUACGCCACGCAUAAAACGCCACGCUAGCACCCACGCCCUGUCGCCCGCCACCUCAAGUGCAAGAGGCAAUCUCUUUGGUAGGCGGCAGUAAAGCCUUAGACAAUGCCUUUUCGCCCACAAUAAAACGUUCCAACGGCUUCCCAUCUACCUGUACCGAAUGUGAUGCGCAAAAAGUUGGGUGUGCUCCAAGUUUCGCUCGCCUCUUUGUUGCUCGUUAUUUCAUUGAACAUGUAUACGUUUAAUUUAAUCCAUAUACUCUUAAGAUACUUGUAUAAUUAGAAUUGAAGCUCAAUUAAAACUUAAUUGUAAUUUAAA